GCCGCGGGGGUGCGCGACCUCCGAGCCGCCAGGGGGCGCCAUUCCCCAGCGCGCCCUCAGGCGCCGCGCGUGCGCAGUGCGGGGGCGGGCGCGAGCCAUGGCGGAGGGCCCGCAGCCGAAGAGGAAGCGGGAGGAGGAGGAGAAAAAUGGUGGGGCCGUCACUCAAGGCGACGGCGCCGCCUUCACGCUGUCGGACCUGCGAGUGCGGCGCGUCCUGCGGGAGUCGGCGCGGGACAAAAUCGUGUUCCUGCACGCAGAGAGGAUUGGCCUCUCUGGAGAGGGCACAGAUGCUGUAGUCAUCCUGGAAAAGACUCCUUUCCAGGAGGAGAAGAUCCCAGACCUGCUGAAGAAGCCCAUGAAUGCAGAGUUGCAGAUGCACAAUGACAUUUACUGCACCUUCUACCUGAGCCCUCCCCCGGAGCUGAGUGAGAUCAAAGCCACAGUGGUGUACCCUGCCACGGAGAAACACAUCCAGAAAUACCUGCGUCAGGAAGUGCACCUCAUCCGUGAAACCUGGGAGGAUUACAAGAACAUUACCCUGCCCUUCAUCCAGUCCCAGAGCUUCAGCAUCCAGUGGGUGUAUAAUAUCCUGGAGAAGAAAGCUGAGGCUGAUCGAAUCGUCCAUGAAAACCCAGAUCCUUCUAAUGGCUUUGUUCUGGUUCCAGAUUUAAAGUGGAAUCAAAACCAGCUGGAGGACCUGUACCUGAUUGCCCUGGUGCACCGCCGGGACAUCAAGUCUCUGAGGGAUCUCACAGCUGAGCACCUCCCGCUGCUCAGGAACGUCCUGCAGGAAGGGAAGGAGGCCAUAGUGAAGCGUUUUGGCGUGCCCAGCUCCCAGCUGCGGAUCUACCUGCACUACCAGCCCUCCUACUACCACCUGCACGUGCAUUUCACCGCCCUGGGCUACGAUGCUCCAGGCAGCUCUGUGGAGAGAGCCCAUCUCCUGGCUGAUGUCAUUGACAACCUGGCCAUGGACUCCUUGUAUUACCAGAAACGGGCUCUGACCUUUCCCCUGCGGGCUGAUGAACCCCUGUUUAAGAAAUUCCAGGAGGCAGGAAAAGUGUGAGGAGGCAGAGGUGCUUUUGUUUUUGUACAAGGUGGGACUGAUGAUCUUUUGCUAUGGAAACUGUGUUGUCUGUUCAAGUCUAUUAAAACAUUGAUUUUGAAUGUUUUGUAGCACA